AUGCGGCUGCUUCACACAACUACGUUCCAACUGAGCGAGUUCUUUGACACAGAUAUUCCUCCGUACGGCAUUUUGUCCCACACUUGGGAGCCCAACGAGUUGACAGUCAAAGACCUCCAGAAGAACGGAUACAGCGGGGGAAUCAUAAAGCUUGACGGCAUGUGUCACGUUGCUCGCCGACAGGAACUGGAUUGGAUCUGGAUCGACACUUGUUGCAUUGACAAAAGCAGCAGCGCCGAACUAUCCGAGGCCAUCAACUCUAUGUUUGAAUGGCACAAGCGGGCGGCGGCGUGCUACGUGUACCUCGACGACGUUCUCGUCAAUGACAAGCUUGCGUACAAAGCCUCAUCCUUUGCCAACAGUUGA